UCUCUAGAUAUAUGUGCACCAGGGUUGAGGGACUGAGUGAGUGAAUGUGUGUGUCGCGCAGAUUACAAAGAGGAAUCUACGGACCGAGAGCGCGCGGCGGCGCCCCGCACCCCGUGACACAAUGUAGCAAAUUAGACCGCCGUAAUCGCACAUGAGCGUCCAGUUUGACCGGACCGGACCGAAGUGAACUGAACUAUGCCCAGCGCCGAGAGAACUUUACCUGAACUCGAGAGGAACUCUUUCUUACACUGCGACAUGGCGGAGAGAGGCGGUGACGUGUACACACUUAGUGUGCCGACGGUCAUGCGCAGAGGUGGUUCUGAGACGUGUUUAGACCUGGAUUCUGAUCUGGCGGUACGGGACACCCCACGAUCACGUUCUGGUCUGGACACCCUGCAGCAGAAAGUGCUAAAAGUGAAAGAGCAGCUGCGAAUUGAGCAAAACUUACAGGAUGAAAACGUGGCAGAGUAUCUCAAACUCAUUAACAGCGCCGACAAGCAGCAGAGCGGCCGCAUCAAACACGUGUUUGAGAAAAAGAACCAGAAAACGGCACACAAUAUUGUUCAGCUGCAGAAGAAGCUAGAGCAGUACCAACGCAAGAUGAAGGAGUGUGACAUCUCGAAUGGGACCAAGCACACGCCCACACACUCCAAAGAAAACGAGAUGCCCAAAGACAACCUCAAGGAAAGCGUGGUCACGGGAAGUGGGCGCCACGUACAUUUAGACAAAGUCAGAACUGUUGGCCCAGGAGUUUCGCUGUCGCCGCCGUUCUUCUUCAGCAAGCCUCGAGAGAUAGCAAACCUCAUUCGCAACAAGUUUGGUAGCGCGGACAACAUAGCACAGCUAAAGAGCUCCAUGGAGACGGGAAGCGGGCUGCAGGCGGAAGGGGGAGCCCGAACUCUGAGCGGCAGCGCCACGCUAACCCCUAAACCCAAAUACCCGAGUGAUGACGAGUGCUCCACAGGGACAUCGGUGUCGAUUGAGAGUAAUGGUCAUGUGACUGGAUCGGGUGCGACAGGGCAGCACAGCGGGUCUGCGAGAGUAGGAGGCCAAGGGGAAAGCAGCAGCCGGCUGGUGGAAGCCUGGGAGGAGAUAAGGGAGUUGAGGGAAGCUCAGAAUCUACUGGCAGACGACAUUGACACUCUGAAGACCCAGUUUAAAUGUGAAUUUGAGAAUAUUACACAAACACUACAAGAGGAGCGGUUCAGGUGUGAGCGAUUGGAAGAUCAACUGAAUGACCUCACUGAGCUUCAUCAAAAUGAGACUGCAAAUCUCAAACAGGAACUAGCCAGCAUUGAGGAAAAAAUGGCCUAUCAGGCCUAUGAACGAGCCAGAGAUAUACAGGAUGCUUUGGAAGUUUGUCAGACGCGAGUGAGUAAGUUGGAGUUGCAGCAGCAGCAGCAGCAGGUCUUGCAGUUGGAAGGUGCCGACGCCAAAGUGCUGCUGGGAAAAUGCAUUAACAUCAUGCUGGCCAUCGUCACUGUGAUCUUGGUGUGCGUCUCCACGGCUGCUAAGUUUUCCGCUCCACUAAUGAGAAGUCGUCUACAUGUUUUCGGGACUUUCGUAUGCGUUUGUCUACUGGUGUAUGGCUGGAGCAACUGGGAGCACUUGCAGUGCGCAAUAGAACGAAUGCUACUGCCUAGAUGAGGGACGUAAAACAUGCGUGUUCAGUGACGUUCGCGUCAGAUAAAGUGCUCCUCCGGGGAUCUUCCCUUCACAAUGUGACUCAUAAGACAAUGGCUUUAACAUAGACUUUUGGUCCAUUUUGUGUUUGUGUGUAAGUGAACGAGAUAGUAUUCAUGAUGUACUGUAGCAUAAACGGGUCCAUCUCAGUGACUGUAUUGUUAUACUUUCGAAUAACAUGUUUCCAUUCGUCAGCUGUGUCUUAAAAGUAAAGGUUUACCACCUUUUCUACACAUUUUAUGUGCUUUCCUAGGUGGCGAUGGCAUGUUUGUGCUCACAAAAACAAAUCUGGGUCAUAUUUCGUCCCACAAUCAUAAGAAA